UAGUCUUCCCAUCUCUGUCUGUUUGUUUCCAUCGUCCUGGGUGCUGCUUCUCUGUGGUGUGAUCUGCCCUUCAGCCAUGAGGAUCCUUUACCUGCUCUUUGCUGCUGUCAUGAUCCUUUUCCUCCAGGCUGUUCCAGCCAAAGGCACCUAUUACAGCACCCUGCAAUGCAGGAACAACCACGGCCACUGCCGGAGGCUCUGCUUCCAUGGGGAACAGUGGAUCGGCAACUGCAAUGGUAGGCAUCAACACUGCUGCAAAUGAAAGACGAAGCUGAGAUAAAGAACCACCAGAUCCCAAAGAGGAAGGAGACCAAACCAGACCUGCCAAGACAGACCACAGCAAAAAGGGGCAAUUCCCAGGCUGGACACAAGCAGCACUUUUACAGCAGGGUCAUUCCACUGUAAAUAAAAGUUUUGCUUUUAUAAGUC